AUCAGUGAGCUAAUACUGGCGGCAUUGAUCAGUUUUUAAUGACUUUGUUUCGAGCACAGUCGUGGGGAGAACAACGAAAAAUGAGGAGUUACUAGGUAAUUCUCUUGUGGAGUCCUACGUGAAAAUGGAGAAAGAAGACUUAAGUGUUCUAACAAAAGGGAAUAAUGUUAUUAUCUUGAGUUCGCAUGAAAAGUCAGACUCGAACAGUAAGAUUGUUACAAAGGUUUACAAAAGAAGAUGGUUAAAUCUUGGGCUGUACGUAUUUUACAGCAGUCUGGUUGCAAGUCAGUGGGUAGAGUAUUCAAUCAUUGCCAACAUAGUAGCCAGGUACUACAAUGUUUCGUUAAGAGCCGUCGACUGGACCUCGAUGAUUUACAUGCUCUUCUAUGUUGUUUUUAUAUUUCCUAUUAGCUAUCUAUCAGAACGCAUUGGGUUGAGACACACGAUUAUUUUAGGAAGUUUUUUGUGCUGCUUUGGGGCAUGGAUCAAAACGCUUUCCGUUACACCCGAUAGAUUUCCUGUGACCUUUGCAGGACAAUCGAUUGUUGCACUUUCUCUGGUUAUAAUGCUACCAAUGCCUGGACGAGUAUCAGCUAAUUGGUUUGGUUCGGACGAGCUAUCAACAGCUACGUCACUCGGAAUCUUUGGCCCCCAGUUUGGAAUAUCAAUGAUGUUUUUUUUGCCACCAUUUAUUGUCAAAAAUCACGAAGAUGUAUAUGACAUUGGUGUUGAUCUGUCACUUCUCUUUUGGGGUGUAGCUUUGGCCUCGUCUCUCAACUUAGUCCUCGUUAUACUUUUUUUUAAGGAUGAACCAAAACUACCACCAAAUGAGACACGAGCUUUGCAGAAAAUGAAUCUCAACCAAGUAGAGGGGUUCAUUGGUCCAAUGAAACAGCUUUUUACAAAUAAAAGUUUCUUGAUUCUCUGUAACUCAUAUGGAUUGAAUGUGGGCAUCCUUAAUGUGCUGGGCACGCUUCUAAGCCAAUUGUUUUUAAUACACUUUGCGAAUGCAGAAAAAGAUGCUGGAAUGAUUGGACUACUUAUUAUUUUUACGGGAAUGUUUGGUUCGAUAAUGUUUGGCAUUAUAUUAGAUAAAACACGUAAAUUCAAAGAAACUGCUGUGACUGUCUAUUUUUUAACGUUAUGUGGACAGAUACUAUUUAGCGUUGCUAUACUUAUGGAGGUUAAAUGGAUGGUGUAUGUUGCUGCCAUUUUUCUUGGAUUUUUUAUGUCGGGCUAUUUAGCUCUUGGCUACGAGUUGGCAGCCGAGUAUACAUAUCCGAUAUCGGAAUCUCAUUCAGCGGGCAUAUUAAACAUCACUAACAAUAUUUAUGGCAUUGUUCUUGUCAUUAUAUUAGAGGUUGUUUUGGAACACUACGGUGAUUUUCCUGUCCACAUCAUUUUCUGCGUGGCUCUUUUAAUCGGCCUGAUUAUGACGAUUAUGACAAAAGAUGAACAAAGACGACAGGAUACAAGGAAAUCUGCUGUUUAUCAAGAUGUUCCUCAAGAAGAUGUAGAAAAGGAGAAUUAGACUUAUUAAUAUUUCUACCAGUCAAAUUCUUAACUAACCAAAGAAUAUACUAAUAUAUUUUAAGUUAAGCAUUAUUAACAGCUUGUAUUAAAUAUCAAAUAUUUAUUUCAGAUAUGAAAUUGUAACUAAUUUAUAUAAUCCCAUCUCAGGUAAAAUAUAGUAAAGAUUGAAAAUAUUACAAAUACCGCAACAUGUCUUCAUUAAGCCUUGACUGUGAGUGGCCUGAUAGUACCAUUUGAUAUACUGCAGAAUUCGCUUGCACCGAAAAAUUUCAGCUGUCAGCCAUUCCAGUUAUAAAUUUGGUCAACCAGUCAGAAUACUGGACACUUCUUAGCCAAGCGAAUUUUAUGAUGUAUCACAUUGCACAAUUAGACCCCCUUUUAUACUAAUUAAAAAUCCGAUUUCUGAUUAAAAACAUGAUUUUUCAAUGUUCAGAAAUCUAUUAAGAGCGUUCUAUAGCAGUUAAACAAUUGAGCCCACUCCUUCGUUUUUGUCAAAUUACUAUGAAUUUUUUUUCUAAGAACGAAAAUUUACGUAGACCAUUUAAGUUCUUUUCUAUGACCGAAAAAUGUCAGGUACAGUUAAAAUACAAAUACUAGAUAAGUGUGUUUAUCAUUACUACUCCAACCAUAUCAAUUUUAUCUAACCUUCUAACAAUCGUUUUUUGCUAUCUGAGUAUGUAAACAUUUGCUGCAAUACUUAAGAAUACAGAGAACUUGAGUGAUAAUAAGGAAAGUUAAUUAAAUUCUCUGAGAAAUUAAAGUUUCAAAAAUAGUUGUUAGUGCAAAACUUAAUUCAUACAAGUAUACGACUAGAUAUAAUUGAA